AGCACAAGGCCCGUGUUCGUGUCCGCACCCUCGGCCGAACAGUUCCCCGAGUCCCCGACUGCUCUCUGUCUCUCUAUUGGCGACGACUGGGCUACCGCCGCCACAGGCGCCCUACGCCAGGUGUCCAGGUCUCGGGCCCUUCUCCGGCACCGAGCACCCACCAGCGGAAUAUACCAUGGAGGUCAGGCCCAUGGUAGCUCUGCGUGCCGCCCUAGUUGGUGGGGUAGCGGCAUUUGCGAAGAUCGGUGGGGCGAUGAAAGCCGCAGGCGGUGUCAAGAUUGGUGCAGCCGCUGCAGCCGUCACGGCUGCAACAUCAGCUGCCAUAUCGGGAAAAGACGCAAAAGAAGACACUUCAAAGCCGGAAACGAAAUGAUAUGACCCAUGGAUUGGUCGACAAGUAUGAAAUCGCCUCUCCAGAGGUUUAGAAGAGAGAGGGUGCCAUAGUCAAUAAGUUACAGGAGUAAAUUUUGAUGCUCCGUGUGUUUUUUAUCUCGGGAAUAAGAAUGACAGUACAGUUUUCCCCAGAAGUAUGAUUUUGUGUUGUGCAACAGUUUCGGCUGUUGAAUGCUUUUAGUCACACUGUCUGAAUGGCU